AUGACUACUUUGGGCAACCUGACACCCUCAAGCACUGUGUUUUUCUGUUGUGAUAUGCAAGAGCGAUUCCGGCCUGCCAUCAAGUACUUUGGUGAUAUAAUCAGUGUGGGCCAACGACUGCUCCAAGGUGCACGGCUCUUAGGAAUUCCAGUUAUUGUAACUGAACAGUAUCCCAAAGGUCUUGGCAGCACUGUGCAAGAAAUUGAUUUAACAGGAGCUAAACUUGUGCUUCCCAAAACAAAAUUUUCAAUGGUGUUGCCAGAAGUUGAAGCAGCAUUAGCAGAGAUCCCUGGAGUCCGCAGUGUUGUCCUGUUUGGAGUAGAAACUCAUGUCUGCAUCCAGCAAACAGCAUUGGAAUUAAUUGGCAGGGGUCUGGAAGUUCAUAUCGUAGCUGAUGCCACCUCAUCAAGAAGUAUGAUGGACAGAAUGUUUGCUCUUGAGCGUCUUGCUCGUACUGGAAUUAUAGUUACUACUAGCGAAGCUAUAUUGCUGCAGCUGGUAGCUGAUAAAGACCAUCCAAAAUUCAAAGAAAUCCAAAAUCUCAUUAAGGCAAGUGCCCCUGAGUCAGGGCUCCUUUCCAAAGUUUAACAAGGAUGUGGAGGAAGGAGAUCUGCUUGGCAUCUUUAAGGAGGAAGGAAGAAAAGCUGUAAGCGCACAUGAACACCUUUUCACUCACAGUUUGACAGAAUUGUAAAAUUAAAAAUUGACAUACUCAUGCUUGCCUUAGCAAAAUUGUCUGGUUAUAAGUCUGGGUGGCAGUAUGUUCUGUUUAGUUACAGCUGUCAGAGGCUUUGGGUACUAUAGGACUUUUUUGUUGUCAAAUUUCCUUAUUUAUUUAAAAAACCACAAAAAUUAAGAGGUGCCUGCUAGUCUAUGCUAUACACUGAUUGUAACAGCUCCAAAAAGUGCAUAUUUCUGUGGCACCUCUUGAUUGUUCAUUUUGUAAAAGUGGUCUGUGAUAUUCUGUUUUACUUUUGUAUAAUAUAAAAUAAUUACAUAUUGAUAAAAUGUGAUGUGAUACAUUUUAAUGUUUUAUGUAAAUGAAGUAUGUUAAUAGGGCAUAAGUUAAAACCGAGUAAGA